CUGAAUCCAAAACCCCCAAACAAAUAUAGAAACAAACAAUCCUUCCAUAAUUUGCAAUGGCUGAAAUCAUUCUGGGUGCAGUCGUUGAAGUGUUGUUUCAGAAGUUAGCCUCAGGUGACUUGAUGAAGCUGGCUCGAUCUGAAGGUAUCCAUUCCAAGCCGGAGAAGUGGAACAACACUUUGCUCCAGAUCCAAACUCUACUUGUUGAUGCAGCCAACAAGCACAUCACAGAUGGAGCUGUUGAUUUCUGGCUGCGUAAUCUCCAGGAUUUGGCUUACCAAAUAGACGAUAUACUCGAUGAUUUGGCCACAGAAGCUAUCCGCCGCAAAUUAAAUAAAGAAUCUCAUGCCAGCUCCAGCACCAACACAGGUAAGCUACGGAAGAUAAUCGGAUGUUGUUGUACUAAUUUCACCCCUCAUACCAUUGUUUAUGGUCAAAAGAUGAGCUCAAAGCUAGAUGAGAUUACGACCAAAUUGCACACUCUUUUCGAUCAGAAACAUUCUCUAGGCUUGGAUGUGAAUGUUAAAAGGCCAAAGAGAAGAAAUAGGAGGUUGGAUGAAACUUCACUUGUUGAUGAGUCCAAAGUUAUGGGUAGGGAAGGGGAUAAAGGGGCAUUGCUUCACAGGUUGUUGGGGAACGAAGCAUGUAAUCAAAAUGUUAGCAUCGUGUCUGUAGUGGGUCUCGGUGGGAUUGGCAAAACCACUCUUGCCAAGCUUGUGUACAAUGAAAAGAAGGUUAAGGAUCACUUUGAGCUCCGAUCAUGGGUUUGUGUUUCUGAAGAGUUUGAUGUAUUUAAUAUCAGGGCACCUGGAAGUAAAGUUAUUGUGACGACCCGCAAGACCAAGGUUGCAUCGGUCAUGAACUCUUUUCAGCCUUAUGAUCUCAAGGUUUUGUCAGAAGAAGAGGCUAUGUCUUUAUUUGCUCAAUAUGCAWUAGACGAACAWAACUUUGACAAGCAUCCAAMACUUAAAUUGCAUGGUGAAGGCAUUGUGAAGAAAUGCGGCAGAUUGCCCUUGGCUUUGAUAACGCUUGGAAGGAUGUUGAGGACAAAAACAGAGGAUGAUGAAUGGGAGGAGGUGCUGAAUAAUGAGAUAUGGAAUUUGGACGAUGGAAGAGAGAUUCUUCCGGCUCUGAGAUUAAGCUACUAUGACCUCCCUUCACAUUUGAAGCAAUUGUUUGCAUAUUGCUCCUUAUUUCCUAAGGACUAUGUGUUUGACAAGAACAAGCUCGUCUUAUUGUGGAUGGCAGAAGGGUUCUUGAACCAAUCAAAUGGAAGGAAAUCGAAGGAGAGKUUGGGUCGUGAGUAUUUUGAAGAGCUAAAGUCAAGGUCCUUUUUUCAGACGUCAACUAUUGAGCAAUCGCGAUACAUAAUGCAUGACUUGAUUAAUGACUUGGCCACAAGUGUUGCUGGAGAGUUUUUCUUUAGGUUGGAUGAUAAAAUGGACACGUAUGACAUGAAUGAAUCUUUCGAAAAGUUCCGUCAUGUUUCAUUUAUUGGUCGAGAAUAUGGAACAUAUAGAAAGUUCAAGGAAUUACAAAGAGCUAGAGGCUUGCGAACUUUCUUACCUGUUUCACUUAAUUCCUGGUCAGGUUUCGACUUAUCAAACAAGGUUCUUGUCGAAUUACUUCCCCAACUACAGUUCUUAAAGGUGCUAAGCCUAUAUAAUCAUUCGAUAUCUGAGAUACCACAUUCCAUUGGUAGUCUCAAGCAUAUUCGAUACCUCAAUUUUUCAUAUACUAACAUCGAACGGUUACCGGAACAAGUCAGUGACCUCUAUAAUCUACAAAGGUUGUUGGUUUGUCGUUGUGAGAAGUUAUCUAACUUGCCCAUCAGUUUUGUUAAGUUGAUAAACCUACGACAUCUUGAUAUCAGCGAUACUCCUAUGUUGAACAAGAUGCCCUUGGGUAUCGGUGGGUUGACGGGUCUACAAAUUCUACCUAAGGUCAUUAUUGAAGGAGGUAAUGGGUUUAAAAUAUCCGAGCUUAAGGGUCUAUCAGAUCUUGAAGGUCGGCUUUCCAUUAUGGGGCUUGAUAAAGUGAAAAGUCCUAUCCAAGCAAAUGAUGCCAAGUUGCAAGAAAAGAAGGGUCUUGAUGAUUUGGUGAUGGAAUGGAGUGAUGACUUUGAUAAUUCUCGGAAUCAUACGAGUGAAUAUGAAGUACUUGAAGGGCUAAGGCCUCAUUAUAAGUUGAGAGAGCUUGAGAUUUUGUUCUAUGGGGGAAUGAAAUUUCCUAGUUGGKUCGGGAAUCCCUCGUUUGAUCGGUUAACAGAACUUAVAUUACGUGGUUGUAGAAGGUGUACAUGUUUACCAGCACUCGGACAUCUACAGUCGCUUAAGGAGUUGUAUGUGGAAGGCAUGGAUGGGGUAAAGACCUUGGGUUUGGAGUUGUUUGGACCUACUGAUUCUUCCCACGGCAUUGUAUUUCCAUCACUUGAAACUUUGAGAUUUGAUGAUAUGCAAGGUUGGGAGAGAUGGUCAACUAGACGUGGGGACAAUGAUGGAAUUGCUAGAUCGUUUCCUCGGCUUGGUAAUGUUUUUAUAAGGGAUUGUCCAAAACUAGUUGAAAUCUCAAUUGAUUUAAUACCGUCACUUGGGGAUUUACAUAUAGAAGGAUGUUCUAAAGAUGUAUUUAACAGCAUGGUUGGUGCGUCUUCAUCAAUUCGUGUGUUGAGAAUAGAGAAUAUUGAAGGACUUGCUCAACUAAAUGGAGAGCUUCUUGGGGCAGUUGAACAUCUAAGAAUCCUUGGAUGUGAUGAGUUGAGAUAUUUGUGUGAAUCAGAGUCGGAGGCGUGCAAGUUUCUUGUGAGCUUAAGGGAGUUGGAAAUAUGUUAUUGUGAAAAUUUGGUAUCAUUGCACGAGCUCCCAUCGUCUCUAAGGGUUCUUUGGGUUUAUGCUUGUUAUAACUUAGAAUCCAUUUCAGAUAAAGGUUUUGGAAUCAUUCCCCUGGAACAUCUUCAGAUUAGUGAUUGUAAGAAUCUGAAGUCAUUUCCUCUUGAGCAUUUGGAAAGUCUCACAUCUUUGAGAAGGUUGGAGAUAUCUCGUUGUCCAAGUAUGAAUUACUCAUUUCCUUGUGGGUUGUGGCCUCCUAAUUUGAGAGACCUAACAAUAGGAUGCUUAAACAAGCCCAUGUCAAAAUGGGGGAUUCAAAAUUACCCAACAUCACUUGUUCAUCUAACCUUAUUCGGAGAAAAUUCAGGAGUAGUUUCAUUUGUUGCAAAUGCAAAAGAUGUGACUUCAACAUCGUUUCUUCUUCCACCAUCUCUAAUGACUCUAUUGAUCAAUGAUUUUAUGGAGUUGGAAUUAGUUUCAGAGGCCUUACAACGCCUCCCAUGCCUUAAGAACCUUUAUAUCUCCUCAUGCCCGAAACUUGAAGAUCUACGGGAGACAAAUAUUACCGGCCCAUCCUCUUUGAGAAUUGAGUAUUGGUAG